GCAUAGAAAAAAAAAAUGGACAUGGCAACAGAGGCACCGAGAGCUCCAUUGACUCGUGAAAGAAAGAUCCGAUCGGACCUCGAGGAGAAAUUACCCAAACCCUAUGUGGGAAGGGCGAUGGUACCUGUGGACGUUGAACAUCCACAUGGAACAGAAGGAAAUGACAGAAAAGGAAUGAGUGUUCUUCAGCAACAUGCUUCCUUUUUUGAUCAAAACAAAGAUGGAAUCGUUUAUCCCUGGGAAACUUACAGAGGUAUGAGAAAUCUUGGUUUCGGUCGCUUUGAAAGCCUUUUUGCUGCAAUCCUCAUCAAUAUAGGAUUGAGUUUUUCCACACUGGAAGGAUGGAUACCGGAGCUAUUUUUCCCCAUAUAUAUUGACAGAAUACACAAAUGCAAGCAUGGCAGUGAUACAGCAACGUUUGACACUGAAGGAAGGUUCAUGCCAAUGAAUUUUGAGAGCAUCUUCAGCAAGUAUGCUCGAACUGUGCCUGACAAAUUAACAUUCAAAGAAGUGUGGCACAUGACCGAGGCAAAUCGAAACCAAUACGACUUCCUUGGCUGGAUAAUCUCAAAGGGGGAAUGGACGCUUUUGUAUCGAGUUGCAAAGGAUGAGCAAGGUUAUCUAUCAAAAGAAGCAGUGAGGGGAUGCUUUGAUGGGAGUUUGUUCCAUUACGUUGCCAAUAUGAAAAAGGCUAAAAGGAACUAAGCCCCACUG